CCCCGACCGAUCGAGUUCCUCCUCUGCCGCUGCUCUGCUGCCGGAUCCUCCUGCCCGUCCGCACGCCUGCCAUGUUCCGCGCUGCUCUCUCUCGCCCCGUCGCCCACAAGCCCGCUGCCCUGCUGGCCCGGUCGUACUCCCACAAGGUCAUUGCCUUUGGCCAGGACGGUCGCCAGGCCCUGGCUCGCGGUGUCGACAUCCUCGCCAGAGCCGUCGCCGUCACCCUUGGCCCCAAGGGCCGCAACGUCAUCAUUGACCAGCCCUAUGGCUCUCCCAAGAUCACCAAGGAUGGUGUCACUGUCGCAAAGUCCAUCACCCUCGAGGACAAGCUCGAGAACCUCGGUGCUCGGCUUGUCCAAGACGUUGCCAACAAGGCCAACGAGACCGCCGGUGACGGCACCACCACCGCCACUGUCCUCACUCGCGCCAUCUUUGUCGAGGGUCUGCGGAACAUUGCCCAGGGUGUCAACCCCAUGGAUCUCCGCAAGGGUGUCCAGCAGGCCGUCGACCUCGUCGUCAAGUACCUGAAGGACAACUCGCGCGUCAUCACCACCACCCAGGAGAUUGCCCAGGUCGCCACCAUCUCGGCCAACGGCGACAAGCACGUUGGCAACCUGAUCGCCCAGGCCAUGGAGAAGGUCGGAAAGGAGGGUGUCAUCACCAUCCAGGAGGGCAAGACCGUCGACGAUCAGCUCGAGAUCACCGAGGGCAUGCGCUUCGACCGCGGCUUCAUCUCGCCCUACUUCAUCACCGACACUCGCUCGCAAAAGGUCGAGUUCGAGAAGCCCUUUGUCUUGCUGUGCGAGCGCAAGAUCAGCCAGCUCUCGGACCUCCUCCCCGCCCUCGAGAUUUCGGCCACCCGCCGUCGCCCGCUCCUCAUCAUCGCCGAGGACGUUGACGGCGAGGCCCUCGCUGCCUGCAUCCUGAACAAGCUCCGCGGCCAGGUUUCUGUCUGCGCCGUCAAGGCCCCCGGCUUUGGCGACAACCGCAAGGCUAUCCUCCAGGACAUGGCCAUCCUCACCGGCGGCACCGUCUUCACCGACGAGCUCGACAUCAAGCUCGACAAACUCACCCCCGAAGACCUCGGCUCCGCCAACAGCAUCACUGUCACCAAGGAGGACACUGUCUUCCUGAACGGCGGCGGCUCCAAGGAGGCCAUCAGCCACCGCGCCGAGCAGAUCCGCCAGCUGAUCAGCUCCACCCAGAGCGACUAUGAGCGCGAGAAGCUGCAGGAGCGUCUUGCCAAGCUCUCCUCCGGUGUCGCCGUCAUCAAGGUCGGCGGCUCCUCCGAGGUCGAGGUCGGUGAGAAGAAGGACCGCUUCGUCGAUGCCCUCAACGCCACCCGCGCUGCCGUCGAGGAGGGUAUCGUCCCUGGUGGCGGUACGGCUCUCCUGAAGGCCAGCAAGGCCCUCGGCACCAUCAAGGGCGACAACUUUGACCAGAACCUCGGUAUCGAGAUUGUCCGCAAGGCCAUCCUCGCCCCCUGCAAGACCAUCUGCGACAACGCCGGUGUCGAGGGCGCCGUCGUCGUCGGCCGCCUGCUCGAGAGCUACAACCCCGAGGCUCCCAAGGAGGCCCAGAACUUCAACUUUGGCUACAACGCCGCCACCGGCGAGUACGUCGAUAUGGUCAAGGACGGUGUUAUCGAUCCUCUCAAGGUUGUCCGCACUGCCCUUGUCGACUCCUCCAGCGUUGCUUCGCUGCUGACCACCACCGAGUGCAUGAUCGUCGAUGCCCCCAAGCCCGAGCCUGCUGCCCCUCCCAUGGGCGGUAUGGGCGGUAUGGGUGGCAUGGGCGGCAUGGGCGGCAUGAUGUAAAAUAGCUAUUCCUCUGGCCCCACUCCCCUGUUAUAUAUCCCGUCCACCACUCGCCAUUCACCACUCCACCCACUCUCCGCCGACCCGAGGCAUGCAUUCCUGCCUCUUCAUCCCACUCCCUUCGUCAGCGACCGACCGCUGCUUCUUUCCGCCAUGUUCGUGGCACUUUGCACAACAAUAUAACGACCGUGAUCAUUCUCAC